AUGGCCAAGAAAGCGAAGUCACGCACGAUCGCCGUCCGGCUAAUCUCCAUGGCCAUGACCGGGUACUACCGCACGAUGAUCCGGCCGCGUGCGCACCGUCCGCUCUCUAUGUUGAAAUACGAUCCCGUCGUGAAGAAGAAGGUGCUCUUCCUGGAGGCGACCAAGGGCGGAAAGGCCAAAUAA